AGGAAAGAAAGGCGCGAGACUACACUUCCCAGCAAGCCACGGGAGACGAGCCGGGCCACGUGACCUUCGCCAGACUUUUAAUUCUGCCUGCCUGGCUUGCCGUGAGGCGCAGAAGAGUCCGGCGACGGCCGCCGCCCCCUUUCCGCGGAGGGAGCGAGGCGGAGCGCAGGCGCCCUGCUGCCGCUACCACAGCUAUGGAGCCGGAGCUGGGGCCCCCCUCGGGCGCCUCCGCCUCCUUCCCGUGCCCCCCGCCGCCGCCGCCCCGGGAGCAAGAGCGGAAGCUGCAGCAGGAGAAGCUCUCCGGGGUAGUGAAGAGCGUCCACCGGCGGCUGCGCAAGAAGUACCGCGAAGUGGGGGACUUUGAAAAAAUCUGGCGUGAACAUUGUGAAGAUGAAGAAACACUCUGUGAAUACGCUGAGGCAAUGAAAAAUCUGGCAGAUAACCAUUGGACUAAAACCUGUGAAGGAGAGGGCCGCAUUGAAUGGUGUUGCAGUGUGUCACGGGAAUAUUUUCAAAAUGGUGGAAAACGAAAAGCACUGGAAAAAGAUGAGAAAAGAGCAGUUCUUGCUACUCAAAGUAUUCAAACCAUGAGUAUUCACCCAGCUUCCAAAAUAGAGGAUUCUUCUGAAAAGUCAAAUCACAGUUCUAUAAUGGAUGAAUUGCUACAUCCUUCAGGAAAGAUCAGAUUACUUGAUGUUGGCAGCUGUUUUAAUCCAUUUUUGAAGUUUGAAGAAUUUUUGACGGUUGGCAUUGACAUUGUCCCAGCUGUUGAGAGUGUCUAUAAAUGCGACUUCUUGAACCUUCAGAUUCAGCAACCUCUUCAGCUUGCACAAGAUGCCAUAGAUGCUUUUUUGAAACAGCUAAAAAAUCCUAUUGAUUCCCUGCCUGGAGAAUUGUUCCACAUUGUGGUUUUCUCCCUCCUCCUAUCUUACUUCCCUUCCCCUUAUCAACGAUGGAUAUGUUGCAAAAAGGCCCACGAACUUCUUGUAUUAAACGGAUUGCUACUUAUUAUCACUCCUGACUCUUCCCAUCAGAAUCGCCAUGCUAUGAUGAUGAAAAGCUGGAAAAUUGCUAUAGAAUCCUUGGGCUUUAAACGUUUCAAGUACUCAAAAUUUUCUCAUAUGCACCUGAUGGCAUUUAGGAAGAUCUCACUUAAAACAACAAGUGACUUGGUGAGUAGGAACUACCCAGGGAUGUUAUACAUCCCCCAGGAUUUCAAUAGUAUAGAAGAAGAGGAAUUUUCUAAUAACUCCUGCUACAUCCGAUCUGAUGCAGAAGAUGAACAACUGGCAUACAGCUUCAUGGAGCUUCCAGAUGCUCCUUAUGACUCUGAUUCUGGGGAAAGCCAGACCAGCUCUAUUCCUUUUUAUGAGCUAGAAGAUCCUAUAUUGCUUCUAAGUUAAUGUAACAAUUAAAAUAUGCUAUGAAGUUCAAACUCCCUUGACUGUAAAACUAAUUUUGCUAUACUGACAUCUGCUCUGCACAUGAAAGCAUUUACAAAAAGGAAAUUCGAAAGGUUUUUGGGAGCCAUCACUUUUUUCUACUUACGAAUUUUAGAAUUUAUUCUUGUAUUGAAAAGUUGAAGUGCAUGUUUUAUGCAGAAUGGCUCAUGUCCAUAGCAUAAACAGGGUUUACUUUAAUAUUUGUAUCGGUAAAAUACUCCGGAAAGGUACAAUUUCCCCUCCGCCCUCCAGUGCUGUGAACUGUGAUUUUGCAAAUAUGCUAAUGUUUCUUGGUGUGAUAUUUUUAAAUCUCAAGAUAGGAUUUUUGAGGUUCAUGCUAGCAUUUCUUAAGAGGUUUGGCGCAGAACGUUUAUAGUAUGCACUGUUAGUGUUUGACUUGAACAAAAAACGGACCUAGAACAAAGUUUGGGUUGAGUCAAUCUUGAUAGGGUAAAAUGAAAAUCUCUGCAGAUUGAUUUUACUUGUCUUUAAUACUGCAAUUAGAACAUUUCAGCAAGAGAUUAGAUUCUCUUGCCCCUGAUGCUGUUGGAAUGAUAUAUAACGCACACAUAUAUAAUGGUAGAUUUAAAAUAUGGGAUUAUUGUUUUUGGUUUUUUUGUUAACUUCCAAGGUACAAUAUCCUUGCCAUUUUUUAAUUACACUAACAUCAUUGCCCACACUACAGUUUUUCAUUGUAUUUUGUGUUACAAAGUAUUUUGCAUUGAAGUAGUUCAGUACAAAGCUGCAUAACAGUCCCUUCCAGAAGUCUCUGAUGCAUGAAAUCAGCAAAGUAUUGAAUUGAGCCUCAUUAUAAUCCUACAUAUUUUUAUUAAUGUAAUUUGUAAGUUUUUUCCCACAGCUAUGAAUGAAAACAAAUAAAGGCACUCUAGUGUUUUGGAGGGCUGGAUAACUAAUCUGCAUAAUAAAUCUUUUUUAAAAAUUCUGAAGUU